AAUUCUAUGCCAUCCGUGCCGAAACAUUCCCUGCAACAUUUAGGGCUUCUGUUUUAUCUCAAACCUUUUUUGGCUUUUGCUCACAACAAUUCUUACAUCAAAACACAUAUGCAACCGCCAAACGUAUUCCAAAUUGGUUCAAGAUUCCUUCCAAUUCAGUAAUAGUAACUACCAGAACUUGAAUAUAUUUGUUUGUUUUUGGCCAUUAUCAAGUUCAGUAUGAUGAUCUCUUCCCUCCUUCCGUCUUCGCCUGUGAAUGCGAUUAAGCUCAUUAAUCUUCGUGUUUUUGGGCCUGGUUUGAAUCCUUUUGCUCCAUACAACUUGGCCAAUCAUUCCUCUCGCUAAAGCCCUCCUCCAUUUUGAUAUUUUCUUUUCUUGGUUCUUUUUGCCACUCAAUCAUGUAAAUUUGAAGGGUUUUAAGAAAUUGUCACCUUUUUGGGGCCUUAUUUACUCGAGAUUCUUCUGGGCUUUUCGCGAAAUUGAAAAAAUAAUACCAAUUGCAUUGGAAAGAUUAGAACUUGUUGAUUGUGAGGGAAUUUUUGGCACGGCAAGGGUUUGUACUUUGUACUUUGGAGCAUGGUUUAAUUAAAGGGAAAAUAAGAAGAAAGGAAAAUGCAAGAAAGAGGAUUGGGUUUAAGUAGGAGGUAUAGGAGGUUGGAUAUGAGUGCAGGUGAUAUGGAUGAUCGAGGUUGGACUCCUCUUCAUAUUGUUGCUCGUAAAGGUGACCUGAAAGAGGAACUUGGCAAGAAGAUGAGACAAAGCGAAGUCAAGAGACUUCUUAGUGAAGGCAUGGAUGCAAAUGUGACUGCAGGGGGGCCUAAGUCACUUGGUGUGACUCCACUCCAUCUUGCUGCUAAGGGUGGUCACCUCCGAGUUAUGGAUGAAUUGCUUGAGAGAGGCGCCGAUAUUGAUGCACGAACUAAGGGUGUCUGUGGAUGGACUCCCCUCCAUCAUGCUGCUAAAAAAGGAAAGAGGAAAGCAAUCAGAUUCUUGAUUAAAAAUGGUGCAUUCUUGCCGGAUAACAUACAUGAUACCAGGUUCAAUCCUCCACUCCACUAUUGUCCUGGUCUCGAAUGGGCUUACGAGGAGAUGAGGCUGCUACAACUAGAGGGUUCAUCAUCUGGUGAGGCCUCUUACAGCUCGGGAAACUGAAGUGCAACAGUAGUAUUUGUUAUUCGUUGCAUGUUCCACAGAGGAAGAAAUGUUGAUUAGCAUAGCCAUGCUGCAGUUGGAUUUGGAGUCUUGAAUAUAUGUAGAUUGCGUGUAAUGAAUUCACUCUAGAUGAUGCGGUAGUAAAGGGAACAAUAAAUGUCUCUGAUUCUUCUUGACAAAAUCUGUGUGUUGUUAAACCUUGUGGUGUAAACAUUUCAUGCGUCAUUAAACAAUCACGUUCGGUAUGUUUAUUCAAUGGUGAACUGCUGCUUGUUCUUA